AUGCCGCCUGAAGCAGACGCCUCGCAAGCAGCAGCGGCCCGGGACGACACUGCGGCGUCAGCAACGACCGACACCAAAAGACACCACGAUGACGUCCCCGCCGUGCGCUUCUCUUCCGCCAUUGAAGAGAUUGCCCCCAACGCAGCCCACGCAGCUCAGGCCGAUGCCUCUGGCUCUGCGCCCCAGUCUCCCGAGGUCGCAGCUGACCAGCUGCGUGAAUACACAAAGUCGCUGCACGCGCGGCCUCUGCUGCAGGAAAGGCGCAUGAAUACCUUUCAGUUCGAAGCCUUCUCGCUCCCGGCAUCCAGAGUACCUUCUCGUGAGGAAGACUCUCCGGACAGCUCGCGUCUACCAACGCCUGCCUCGGGCCAGUUCCAACCGUCGCCCCAUGGCAGCCCCAGACUCACGGCCAUGGCCUCACCGCCGCUGACGCCGUCGGGGUCCGGCGGUGCUGGCGCGGCCGAGAAGGCCCAGCCGCCCACGUCGAGGCCCAAGACGCUGGACGUCAACGAUCCGCAAGCGAUCACGCCUCAAGCUUCAACGUCCCACGACAAGUCACCUCAGCAGUCGGCAUCGCAAGGUCAAACCCUCCCACAUCGUCCGGCCUCGCCCAAUCAUACCUUACAACGAUCGGCCUCGGCCGAGGACCAUGAUGUGGACGUCAGGUCCCAUAGAAGGGGCAUGUUUGGGGGAGGCGCCUCCGUGCCGGUCUCGCGCGAAUCUAGUCCAUCGCGCAACGCGGCGUCCAACUUCUACUCCCGGCCCAUGGCCCCUGGCGGCGACGCCAACGACCCGUACGCCAAGGGACGUCGCCCGCAGCAGCACUCUAACCACCACAACAAGAAGCACAUUGAUCCCCGGUUCAUUUUCAGCCGGAAGAAGAAGAAGGCCGCCUCGCCCCCGAGCUCGUCCAAGAACAGCAUCUCGGAGAAGCGCGCCUCGGGGAUGUUCAGCAGAAACUCUAGUCACGAACUCGGCGAGGGUGAGAGCGCCUCAGGGGCCGGUCAUCAACACAACCCGAGCAACGGAUCCAUGUCUGAUCUGAAGCGCUUCUUCAAGGGUGGGAAGAAGCAUCACAAGCCCAAGCGUGAUGCGUCGCCCGCCUCGUCCACCAGGACUGGCUAUCAGACUCCGCCUGCCGCCCGCUCUACGCAGCAACUGCCCUUUGCAGAAGACCAUGGGCUGUCCACGAAAUAUGGCAAGAUUGGGAGGGUGUUGGGUUCUGGCGCUGGCGGCUCCGUCAAGCUGAUGAAGCGGAAAGAGGACAACACCGUCUUUGCUGUCAAGGAGUUCCGCCCGCGGAAUCAGUACGAGACCGAAAAGGAGUACAACAAAAAGGUCAUGGCCGAGUUCUGCGUCGGCUCCACGCUGCACCACGGCAACAUUAUCGAGACGCUCGACAUUGUCCAGGAAAAGGGCCGCUGGUACGAGGUGAUGGAGUACGCACCCUUUGACCUGUUCGCGACGGUCAUGACCGGCAAGAUGGGGCGAGAGGAGAUCAGAUGCUGUUUCCUGCAAAUUUUGAAUGGCGUUACUUAUCUACACAGUCUUGGGUUGGCGCAUCGGGAUCUCAAGUUGGAUAAUGUGGUAAUCAGCGACAAGGGGAUCAUGAAAAUCAUCGACUUUGGAAGCGCCCACGUCUUCAGGUAUCCUUUCGAGUCGGGCAUUGUGCCGGCAAAGGGUAUUGUUGGGUCGGAUCCGUACCUCGCCCCCGAGGUGUACAAGUCCAAGGAGUACGACGCCGCGGCGGUGGACAUUUGGUCUUUGGCCAUAAUCUUUUGCUGCAUGACCCUGCGGAGGUUUCCGUGGAAGCUGCCGCAGGAGGACAAGGACAACUCAUACAAGCUGUUUGCUGCCGAGCCGACACCCGGCCACGACCCGGCCAAGCUGGUCCAUCCGAGUCGGAGGCACGGCAGUCUCGCCGAGGCGGCGCACGAGGAGGACGCGCACAAGAGCGAGCGGAGAUCCGAGCAGCAGAAACAUGAGGAGCCCUCGCGCCAGGCGCCCGCCGACGAACACGAGAAGAAGGACAGGGAGCGUUCGCAUGAUGCCUCGCACGCUCCAUCGGGCCAGCAAGGCCAUGGUGAGAAGAAGGAAGUUAUCAAGGGGCCUUGGCGGAUUCUGCGGCUGUUGCCGAGGGAGAGCAGAUACAUCAUCUGGCGCAUGCUCGACAUCAACCCCAAGACGCGCGGCACCAUGGAAGAGAUCCUCGCCGAGCCCUGGGUGGCCGACUCUCUGAUAUGUCAGCAGACGGACGACGGGACGGUCAUCCUGGCGGAGGAUCACGAGCACACGCUGCAGCCACCGAGCAACCCGCCGGCUGCCUAA